AUGUCAAUCAACUACUACGCUUCAUCGCCAACAGUCGUCCUGCCCCCCCAACAGCCGCAGGGCUACUUCUCACCUCACCAACGCGCCCACUCACCAUCAGCUAUGGGUAAUUUCCGUCCCAAAUACCCAACUCCACCCUCGCUCAACUACCUUGCAGCCGUAAACAACUCCUCAGCUGGGCGCAAACGUUCCAUCGCCGAUGUCGAUGACCCCGAAGAGAACCUACCCGUCGGAUCAAUCGUCACUCAAAUGCCUGCGAAGCCGAAGCCAGAACCCGUCUAUGGCCCAGGUAUGACGCUCAUCUACCCUGGUGAGCCCGGCUUCGCCAUUGCCGCCGAAUCGCAGUCCGGUACAUGGUGCGAAGAGAAGCACGAGAAGGAAGAGAAGGCGGAGGCCGUCCGGCCGAUCGCUGUGUCGCGCAAGUCUGCUCGUAUGAGCCCAUCAGCCAACGUCGAAGUUCCUUCGCUGAACGACAUGGACGCUCAAUCAAGUGACGCCAUGGUCGACGACAACGGCACCACCGUCAACACUCUCAUCGCGUCCCUUGGCGUUGGCUGGAAGAACAUCAUGACCAACCCCAACUUGCGCGAUGCGGCGCGCGCCUAUUCGCGUGUAAUUGAACGUCAUUUCGACCUCACCGACGCGCUUGUCAUGUUGGAGAAAGAAUCACUCUCCGCCUACUUGGUACGCGCAAAGCAACACGGCGUACAAGGCUAUUGGCUCUUCUCUGACAGCCUUCAAUGGUGCCAGCUCGUCGGCUGGUCGCUCGAGCGCACUGUCGGCAACCUCAUGUCUGGUCCUGUUCCUCGCGUUGAAGGCGAGCGCAUCACCGCUCGGCAACUCACCCCUUCAAACCCCCCAACACCACCCGCGCAACCCGUCAGUAUGCCAUGGUGUAUGGCGACUGAUGAGGUUGAUGUCAUGGAGAUGUAAAUGACGCUCCUGCACUUCUCCCCUGCUUAUGUUUCUCUUCUCACCCACACGGCAACGGGUCUCCUCGGUUUUCCUUCGCAUCCGCAUUGAUCUAUCGUUUCGAUCUCGUGGGCUGUGUCCUUCGGCAAGUUGGCGUUUGGCGGUGGACGCGGAUGUGCCCACUGAAGGGGAAAAUUUAUCUCUGCGUACUGUACAUUACUAUGCUCGUGCUGCGACAGCUUGAUCGGCUAUUCUCGAUCGCGUCGCGUAAGCUCCUAAACACUAAAUCAACCAGGCAAUGAUUGAACAAUGAAAAGUUAUGAUC